AUGGACUGUUUUUUAACAUACAAUCUCUCGUGUGUCAAUGGUACUUUUGCUCAUUUUAAUUCAUCAACAUUUAUAUUUGGAGACGUACUUCACCCAAGUGUUAUAACCGGUGACGACAAUCCAAAAAACGAUCUAAUAUCAUCAGCAAAUCAUCCCUUAUCAUCAUCGAUAUUUGUAUCUAUACAACAUUGUAUAAUAACAACAAUUAUUCUCGGUGCAAUUAUUCUAUCAACAAUAACUGGAAAUAUAUUUGUUAUAGCUGCUGUUAAACUUGAAAAAUCUCUUCAUGCAGUUGCCUACUAUCUUUUUGUAUCAUUAGCUGUUGCUGAUUUACUAAUAGCUACUAUGGUUAUGCCAAUAACUCUUUUGAAAGAAGUGACACGUUCAUGGAUACUCGGCUCAUUUAUUUGCGAUGCUUUUGUUACGAUCGAUCUACUUUGUUGUACGGCUUCUAUAUUACAUCUUGUUGCCAUUGCACUUGAUCGUUAUUGGUCUAUUACUAAUUUGGAUUAUGCGACAAAACGUACACCUGCUCGAGUGCUAAUGCUUAUUUGUGUUAUAUGGGGAUCAUCUAUUCUAAUAUCAAGUGCUCAUCUCUUGCCUAUAUUUCGUGAUACAAGUGGUCGCUCACCGGAUCAAUGUCGUCUAAUGGGCAAUGUACCAUAUACAAUAAUAUCAACUAUUGGAGCUUUUUAUAUUCCUCUUAUUGGCAUGUGUAUUAUAUAUUGGAAAAUUUUUCAAGCAGCUAAAUUUCGUAUACGUCGUAAAGCAUUCAGUUCGGGUCAUUCUGCACCAACACCAGCAGCACCGCCGCCACCAUCAGUACCACCACCACCAACAACAACUAUUCAACCGGUAUCACCAACUCAACAUCAAAAUGAUGCUUUAUUAACAUCAAAUCAUGAAAUAUCUAUAUCAGAAAAUACGAAAUAUCAACGAUUCUCUCCAUCACAAUUAAAAAAACUUUUUAAAAGAAAUCCUAAUGGAUCUAAUCAUCAUAAUUCUCAUGAUAUUGAAACAGAUAAUCCAUCAGCAUUCUCAUCAUCAACAAGUCAACAUAAUCAUGAUUAUCAAUUAAAAUCUUUAAAAAAAAAAUCUUCUUAUUCUUUAAUAAAAUCAAAACGUGGUAGUAGUAUUAUAACUAAAACAACAACAUCAGCACCUGUCAUACAAUUAACAACAACAAAUCGUUUAACACAAGAAGAUGAUGAAGACCCACAACAGUUGAAUUGUGAAGCUUCAAUUUCAUCAACACGUCGUUUAAUAACAUCAUCAUUCAAUAAUGAUUCUCCAAUAACAGUAAAUACAAUUAAUAAUCCAUUAGUAAAUCUCAAUAAUUCUCCAUCAGAUUCAUCUCAUAUUACCGAUCUACCAACAUCAAAAGUCGUUACAACAGCUGUAUUAACUAAUAUAAAUAAUACUAACUCUCAUAAUAAUAAUCGAACAGUUGUAACGAAACCUGCAGCAGCAGCAGCCGGAAGUCAUGUAACACGUCAAAAAAAAAUUGAUAUAAAACGUGAACGUAAAGCAACGAAAGUUCUUGGUGUUGUUAUGGGUUGUUUUAUUUUAUGUUGGUUACCAUUUUUUCUUGAAGAAACAAUUUGUGGAAUAUUUCAUUUAACAAUAAAUGAAAAAGUUAUUAGUGUAUUAACAUGGCUUGGAUAUUUGAACAGUCUUUUAAAUCCUGUGAUUUAUACGAUAUUUUCACCCGAUUUUCGAAAAGCGUUUAAGAAAAUUUUAUUUGGAGGAUAUCGUAAACGAACACGAUGA